ACCGCUGCCCUUUACAUCCCUGUCGCGAAGAGCGCUGCAGCACAAGCUGUCAACACCGUGUCGUCAUACAUGCCUGGCGCAUACGGCACCGUCCCGAGCACAGGUACUACUGGCGACCACACAGCCCGUGCCUCGGCCCAUGACAAGACACAUGUGGUCUCUCUUCCCUCUGACGAGAUCAACGGCACAAUGCCCAGCGACAAAGUCGGCGGCGCUGGAGCAUUGCCUGGAAGUAUCAACGAGGAAGCCGUGAGCCAAGCUCCCGAUGAGCGCAAUCAAACUUUAGGGUUUCCACCCGCACCUUAUCCAGCCGCUGCCCCGUCGGACGUGCCUCUUAAUGCUCCUGUCAUGUCGGCGGCGACCGGUGUGGUCGGUGCCACAACAGCGUUCACUCCCUUGGAGCCAUCCGCCCCCUCCGCAAAGGAUCGCGACCCGCACAGUGCCACCACUCUGCGUGACUCGAUGCCCAGCACGGAGCCCACCGGCCAGCAGCCCUAUACCCAUCAAGAUGGAGUAGGAUCGCUUCCGGGCACUAUCAGCGAGAAGAGCGUCAUUAAGUUGCCCGAAGAAGCAGCCGUAGGCAGUGCUGUGGGCAUGUCGCUCCCGUCGACCGAGCUCAGGGGCCAGCAGCCGUUCGAGCAUCAAGAUGGUGUAGGUGCGCUUCCGGGACCGAAGCGCGAACAGGGUGUUGCUCUUCUUCCGGACGAGACCGGCGGUCCUACUGGUGCAACGAAUGCUACAGUGAAUGCAACGGGCACACGUCCGCGUGAUUACGCCGAGCCUGCAGGCGUUCCGCGCCUCGGUGAGGAGCAGGGUUAUGAGAGAAUUGGAGCGAGUGAAAGAAGGGUGGGGAGUGACGCUGUCGGCGGUGUUGGUUCGCCACUCGGCCCUGCAGGAGGGGAGGGCGUUUCGAUGUUGCCGAUUGAGCGCUCGAGGGAAACGAAGGAGCGAAUGCCCACUGCGAUUGCUCCCGGACAGGACACGACGCAGGGAGAUAAGUUAAAUGAGAUGGACGGGGCAGAGCGGGCGGAAAGACCUGAGCGGAAGGAGAAUGUAGUGGAAGAGAUCCACACGGAGAAGGAGACCCACACGAUUUCCGGGGGCUACGACACUGGCUAUCACCCUGCCGCGAUGCAUCCGUUGGGGACGUACGUGGGCGACAAUGCUGGUGAGCACGAGGCGAAGGGAGCUGCGACGACGGGCGACGCGAUGUCGGGCGCGGAAACGAAGGGUGAUGCGAUGAAGGAUAACAAGACUGAAGGCGGCGAGAGUGUCGGCACGCACGGGCAUGAGGGCGCAGAGCAUAAAACGAAGAAGGCGGGAAUCAUGGACAAGGUGAAGGGUGAGGCGAAGGUCCUGAUCGGAAAGAUAGAGGGAAAGAAGGGCGUGGAAAAGGUUAAGGAGGGUAAGAUGCAGAAGGCGGGGGAGCUGCCGGAAUGAGCGCCCGAUGAGUACGUAUUUAAUAAUGCGAUCCCGCUCUCCUCUUCCCCGGGACUUGCUUCUUUCCUGUUUGUUAUGUUUGGGUCAGCGCAUAUAGGCG